CAGAGAGGAGGGAGGCGGCGUCGGGCCCGAUUGGAUCAGGAAACAAGGGAGGAAUAGACGAGGGGUGGGCGGGACCACUAGUUCAGGACUUGAGCAGCGCUUCUCCGUCCCCUCUCCAUACCUAGUGGUGCCCCUUCAUCCAUCACGCUGCGCGCAGGUCGGCUGCGAUGGCGGAGGAGGCGGGAAGGAGGAAGCGCGCGGCGGUGGUCGUGCUGGGCGACAUCGGCCGCAGCCCGAGGAUGCAGUACCACUCCCUCUCCCUCGCCAACCAGGCUGGCAUGGAAGUGGACAUUGUUGCGAACGGAGGAAGUGAUCCCCAUUUAUCAUUGAGAGAGAAUCCAUCGAUUCAUGUCCACGAGAUGAAAUCAGUGCAGUUAUCAGGGAUUUCUAAGAUAUCUGGUGCCCUGGCACUGCUUCUUAAAGCUGCCAUCCAGUUUAUCAUGCUGAUUUGGUUCCUUGGCUUUAAGAUUCCCCGUCCUGAUGUCUUUCUUGUUCAGAAUCCACCUUCAGUUCCAACAUUGGCUGCUGUAAAACUGGUUAGCUGGCUAAGAGGUUCUAAAUUUAUUGUGGAUUGGCAUAACUUUGGAUAUACGUUGCUCGGAUUGUCUCAUGGCAGAAGUCAUAUAAUAGUCAAAAUCUAUUUCUGGAUCGAGAAGCACUUUGGCCGGAUGGCGGAUGGUGCCUUUUGUGUUACAAAAGCAAUGCAGCAUGAGCUUGCUCAAAAUUGGGGGAUCAAAGCAACAGUGCUUUAUGAUCAUUCUCCUGCAUUUUUCCAUCCCACUUCCUUGACGGAGAAACAUGAGUUGUUCUGCAGGUUGGGUAAUUCCAUUUGUAGUGCUAUGGGCAGUGUGGAUUGCAUCUCUGUUGAAAAAGAAGUGGAAGACAAAAACACUAGUGUAGUUACUAAUAAGAUUGACGGUGACAUUUCCUUGAAGCCUAAUAGACCAGCAGUUGUUGUGAGCAGCACAAGCUGGACACCAGAUGAAGAUUUCAGCAUUCUUCUAGAAGCAGCACUGAUGUAUGAUAGACGUGUUGCUGCAACAUUAGGUGAAGAGGAUUCAAUGGAUGAGGGGCAACUUUGGAUUGAUAUCAAGAAUGGGAAGCAAUUUGAUUACCCAAGAUUGCUUUUCAUUAUAACAGGUAAAGGGCCUGACAGAAAGAAAUAUGAGGAGCGAAUAAAAAGGUUGAAUCUGAGACGCGUGGCCUUCCGAACUAUGUGGCUUGCAUCAGAGGACUAUCCUCUAUUGCUAGGAUCGGCUGAUCUAGGUGUAUCAUUGCAUACAUCCUCAUCGGGGCUUGACCUACCUAUGAAGGUGGUUGAUAUGUUUGGAUGUGGAUUACCAGUUUGUGCUGCUUCAUUCUCUUGCAUCGAGGAGCUUGUAAAAGUAAACAUAAAUGGACUUCUUUUCUCAACAUCUUCGGAGCUAGCAGAUGAACUUAUGAUGCUCUUUAAGGGUUUUCCGGAGGAAUGUGACACCUUGAUUCCCCUCAAGGAGGGUGCCUUGAGUACAGGGUCAUCUUCCAAAUGGUCAGCAGAAUGGGAAGCUUGUGCGCUUCCUUUGGUAAACCAGGUCAUAGGCUAAAACACAUAAUAAUAUUUAUCAGAUGGGCAAAAGGAUGGUUUUGUAGCCGACCUGAAUAUCUGCCAAUUCUGUAGUCUAUAGGUUUAUCGUGCACUUGAGAAACCAGAUAUACACGAAGGUUGAGGAGAAAGCAUGUUUAUAUUUCAGUUUGCUUACAGCAGCCGCUUGCUAGGAUCAGCUGCUACCGGUGGCAUUGCAUGAUUAGCAGAAGACACACACAAAAAAAGGCGUUGCUGUAACACUGCAUUCAGGCAAACUGACAACAGUUUGCACACAGAAUUGUACGUGUACUAAAGAAAAAUGUAUCAGGAGCUCGUAAUCCCUUCCUCCAUGCCACCAUCUUGUGGUUCCGAUCUCCAA